UCCACCCCUGUAGUCUGGAUAAAUGUCUUUGGGGAUUCAGUUCAGUUAUGUGUAGAUUUGCCCUUUAAGUUUCUCUAUUUUAAUCAGACUCACGUUAAGAGUGGAUGUUAAAAAAUAUCAAAAUAUUUUGAAGAAUGAAGGUAUAAACCAGGCUUUUAUGAAUUUUAAAGCCGUUUCAAACGAUGUAUUAUAGAGAGAUGUGUAGGCAUUUAUCUCUACUCUCCGCCUCUUUAAGUCUGCCCUACAUCUGACUCCUUUUGGUCCUUUGCACAGCAGCCUGUACUCUGCCCCACAUUUUUAUUUGGCAAUUCUCAGCGUCGCUCGCUCGCGCCGUCGCUGCGUAAAAGUCGCCGCGCUUCGCUUGGAAAUGUAGUUGUUUCUGCGCACAGCGAGGUCUCCAAAAAUGGACUUAAGAUCCGAACUCCUUAAGUCAAUCUGGUACGCUUUCACGUCGCUGGACGUCGAGAAAUGCGGGAAAGUGUCCAAGUCGCAGUUAAAGGUGCUUUCCCACAACUUGUACACUGUGCUGAACAUCCCACAUGACCCGGUGGCUCUGGAGGAGCACUUCCAGGAUGAUGAUGACGGGCCGGUGUCUAAUCAUGGCUACAUGCCCUACCUCAACAAGUAUAUACUGGAUAAGGUCAAAGACGGGAUGUUUGACAAGGAGAAAUUUGACGACUUGUGCUGGAUGAUGACCAUGAAGAAGAACUUUAAGGGGCUACCAAAGGGGGCGCCGCUGUCGCAAAGAGACUGUUUCAAGCUCUUCUGUUUGUUCAACCUGCUGUCCGAGGACCGCUACCCGCUGGUGAUGAUACCAGAGGAGGUGGAGUAUCUCCUCAAAAAAAUCUCCACAGCAAUGAGCCAGGAGUGGGACGGGAAGCCAUUGGAGGACUUAUUAUCCCAGGAUGCAACAGGGCGGGAAGAGGACAUGUCCGUGUGGUCGUUCCUGGAGCACAUGGGCGCAGGCCGGCUGCUGAAAGUGACCAGCGCUGAGGCCUUCAGUCUGGCUUUAGAUGAGGUCUUUCUGGAGAUGUAUCACAAUGUCCUCAAGAGGGGUUACAUGUGGAAAAAGGGACAUGUACGCCGGAACUGGACCGAGCGUUGGUUUGUGCUGAAGCCCUCCUCCAUGGCUUACUACGUCAGCGAGGACUUAAAAGACAAGAGAGGGGAGAUCCAUCUGGAUAAGAACUGUGUCAUCGAGCCUAUUGCAGACAGGGAGGGGAAGCGCUGUUUGUUCUGUGUGAAAACUCACAAUAAAACCUUUGAGAUGAGCGCGUCCGACCAGAGACAGAAGGUGGAGUGGACUCAAGCUAUUCAGACAGCCCUUCGUCUCCAGAGCGAGGGCAAGUCCUCCCUUCACCAAGAACUCAAACUAAAAAGACGGGUCCAGCGGGAGCACAGCCAGCGGGAGCGCAGCCGGAGCUCCCGGAGCAGCUGCAGCAGUCGGAGCAGCCAAUCAGACGACUACAAUAUCCAGGACAUGGAGAAGAUGGAGAGAGAGAAAGACAGACAGGAUUUAGAGAUAGAAACUAUCAUACAGCAUGCACGCGAGUUGGAAACCAAACGAAGGGAGGCAGAGGAAAAAGAGAGGAGGAGACAAAAGGAGGUACAGAUGGAGCUGGAGAGACAGCUGAAGGAGGCCGAGACGUUGAGAGACAGCAUGCAGGCCGAGAUGCAGGAGCGGGAAAAAGAGGCUGAGCAGCAGAAGAAGAGGAUCCAGGAGUUGGAGCUGACGCAACGGAAACUUGAGGCUGCUCUCAACAUGGAGAUCCAGGCGCGACUGGAGGAGGAGAGAGCCAGACAGGAGCUGGAGAGGUUGCUGCAGGCCGAAGAAGCAAAGAAGAAGCAGUUUCAGCUCCUCCAGGAGCAGCAGAGGGCCCUGCAGUGCCUCAGCCCCAUCCUGGAGGCCUCAGACGGCAGUCCAGACGAGGACACCCCCUCCGCUCUUCACUCGGCCUCUCAGGAGCUCCAGGACCUGCGGGCGUCUCGCCAGAGGAGCCACCAGCACCUGGAGGAGGUACAAGAGAAGCUGAGAUAUGCCAGUCAACACGUACGACACUGGAACGUCCAGCUGACGCGUCUGAUGAAACCCAUCGGUCCUGGAGGUGCAAACGUUUGGGAACAUCGCUUAUCAUCAAAUCGCAAGUGUCCCAAAAAGGAAGGCGCGCUGGCCAGUAACGAGUUCAUCUCUAAAUACAAGAUAAGAGCCGAACAGAACAGCCAGAUACCAGAGGACGGCAAGACGGUGGAGGAGCAGCUGGAGGCCGCCAACCUGUCUGAUGGAUCAGAGGAAUCACAGGGAAAACCCAACGGACAAAUGUGAUCUCCACGUCAACGGGUUCAGUUUAGAAAUGAUCAAAGAAAUGUUUUAUUUGUUUAAGACUGAGCGGAGAGUGGAAUGCAACUCACAAAAGAAUCUAUGCACAAAAGUGAUGUAUUAUAUUUAUGUUUUCAGACGCACACUAGGAUGGAGAGCAAUGAUUACAAACACAGUGUACGGCAGGAUUUAAUGAAAACACAUUUGACUCAGAUCAAGUGAGAUUUACAGUUUUGUACAAUAAAGUUUAUUGGUGAAUACUAAAACAUCA